AUGGGGGUGGAGAAGGAAGUCUACGAAAAGGCAGCGCCAGCCGAGAUAGCCGGGCGAACAGCCUGGUACACGUCGCUUGGAGAAGAGGGGAAAGAGGUGUUCUCGAGAGAUGCGUGGGGAGGCGGCCAGUACGAAGCCGAGUACGCCCGGCACAGUCCGUCAAGAUACUGCGUUCUGCCACAGAUCAGACUGGAACCGAUCCUGAAGCGACGCGCCAUGGACCUGAACCCUCAUCGGAUCUUCUACGGGCAUGAGGUGUUGACGACUGAGGAUCAUGGGGACUUCGCGGAAGUUACUGUGAAGAACCGCAGCACGGGUGACGUCUUCCGACGCAGAGGGACUUACGUGAUCGUCGCCGAUGGUGGUCGUAUGUUCACGAAACAGCUGGGAGUCGAGUGGAGCGGCGAAAGCAACCUCUUGAACAUGAUAAGCGCGCACAUCCGCUCUCCGAUCAGGAAUCUGCAUCCCGACAACCGCAACUUCAUAACGUGGUUCACGAACCCGGCAAUGGGUGGCAGCACGCUGACCGGCUAUCUUUACCAGUUGGGACCGUGGCCAGAAGCGUUGACCGAUCCAGAAAAAGAGGAAUGGGUGUUCGUUUGCGCCCAGGCAGCAGAUGACCCGACCAAAUUCGAUGCCGAAACGGCACUUGCCCGAGCGAGAAAGACCAUCGGCAUACCGGACCUCAACAUCGAACUCAUCUCCCUGAGUGAAUGGACAGUGAAUGCCCUUUACGCAUCGCGAUGGCGUGUCGGACGUCAUUUCCUCGUGGGCGACAGCGCUCAUCGCAUUCCACCAUGGGGCGCCCUUGGAAUGAACUCUGGCAUACAAGACGCGAAUAAUGUCGUCUGGAAACUGGCCAUGGCCCUCAAGAGACCAGGCCAACAGUAUGACGGUCUCCUGGACACUUACCACGAGGAGCGCUCAGAGGUUGGGAAACGAGUCGGACAGACCAGCCUCCAGAAUAUGCGCUCUCACUCAGGUCAGAUUGACCGAGUGAUGGGUGUUUCCGCGUCGCAGAGCAAAGCCGAGAACAUCGCAGCUGGCGCAGCAUUCUUUGACAAAGGACACCCUGAAUACGCGGAGAAGCAGCGACGUAUCCAACUAGCAUCACAGGCGCUGGAUACCGAGUUCAAGGCACCAGGGUACGAAGUAGGCUGGUUCUACCCAAGCGCAGACAUCAACUCCGAAGGCGGAGAGACGCAUGGAGGACAACAGCUUGCGGACGGUACGCUGGUACAUCAUACGUAUUACAUGACCACCAUUCCGGGCCAUCAUCUCCCCCACGCGUGGGUGACGCGCGACGAUAGGAUAGUGGCAUUGCGUGAUCUCCUGAGCAUGGACGUACUGACCCUAUUUGUGGAGAGUAAAAUGGAGGAGGAGCUUGACGACGAUAGAAUACAAGUGGUGGUCGUUGGGCAAGCCGGAUGGCAAGAUAUGACGGGGCAAUGGAAGAAGCAUCGCGCCAGCGACCUCACCAUGGCCUCAACAAUCGAGUGGUUCGGUGCGACGACGUUUCGCGUGAAAGCCAACGGUCUCGUCAUUUUCUUGGACACAUGGUUGGACCGCCCAGAUGUUCUACCGAAAGUGUUGGCUAUCGACGAUGUGACUGAAGCCGACUACAUCUUCAUCUCUCACGCACAUUUUGACCAUCUUCCCGGAGCUGACAAGAUCGCUAUCAAAACCGGAGCACACGUUGUCGCCAACGGCGAAGCCAUCAACGUCCUUCGGUCAGCUGGAGUACCCGAUGACCAGUUGAUCCCGGUAGCUGGCGGCGAGCGUAUUCCUCUGUUCCCACUUACGUGUCGUCAGGCCGCGGCUCGCGGCGAAGUUGAUGUCGCUCCUGGGCCGCCGGGGGCUCCUAAGGCUCCAGAUGCCAAGUUGGCAGUGGCCUCCGUCCAUAUCUGGCCUUCGUUGCACUGUCUAAUGCCAGGCAGCUCGCAUGCCGAUGUGCCCGCAGUCAUGGAUACAGGAAAGGAGUACAUUGGGGGAGCAAGCCAGUAUGCGUGCACUUUGGACAUCACAUUUGGUAUGAAAUAUGGCCUCCUCAAGAUCGGCGACCACAUGCCUCGCGAUGCGAUGGACCCAGGUAUGCGCUCUUUUGUCGACUAUAUCAACGGCCCGGCGAGGGAAUGCAUGUCCCACUUUGACGGAGGGCAGCUGAUGUACAACUUCCUGCUCGGGGAGGGCAAAACGUUGUUAUGGAACGGCCAUCUGGGCGGCUACGAUGGAAUACUGAAGACGGUGCAGCCACAGCCCGACGUGCUCAUUCAGGCAAUUGCUGGGCGGGCGAACUUGAACGGGCGACCGUUUGAUGGAUCGGCGGCGCAGUUCGCGGUGCAAGUGUCGAAGCUGCUAGGAGAGCCGAAGAAGGUGAUCUGGUGCCUGCACGACGAUGCCCCGAUCAAGCCGUGGACGGUGAAUGUGAGUCCAGCUACGGAGGCGAUCGAGAAGGACACCGGUUCUAAGGUUCGAGAGUUAUCCACCAUCGACGUGCUGACUUGUGCACAAUCCCUACUACUAUUCCAGCAAAGCAUUUGGCUCGCGGGCGAGCGGAACCUUGUCGUCGAGCUCCAGUUCUACCGCAACAUACUGGUCACACUAUGUCGCCAGUUGCUGGCACGAGACGGCACUCUGAUGCGCACCCGUACACAUACCGAAGACGUGAACCACGCGUGGUUCCAGUGGAUACGAACCGAAGCCAAACGCCGUAUCGUCUACUUCACUUGGAUGUCUGAAUGUUUUCAGGCGACGUUCUUCAUGCUUCCGCCUCUGCUCUCAGUUGCUGAGCUGCAAUCUUCGGCACCCGCGGCCGAUUCGCAUUGGUCGUCGAAUUACGAUCAGUGGCACCGUCUACCGCCACCGCGAUCUUCAUUACCUCUUUGUGCUCUGCUUGCACGCGUCGGCCUUGGGGAGGUAAUACCGUCGAGUCUUGAACAGUCGAUCAAAUCUACAAUUCUUCUCUCGGCCUUCGUGCAGCAAGCCGCCGAAGGUGAUAUUCUACGAGCCAUGAGCCUUGGGUCUAUGGGCAGUGCUGCUGGGCAACCAGAUCUAGCUCGUGGCAUGGUGGCAACGCUCUCCGAGAAGGCUUUCGAUGCCUUGUCGCAAGCGGGAUGCUCUCAGCCAUUGCGUGAAACGGACGCCGGUACUAUCUCGAACGACUUCGCCUUACUCGCUCGAGUCCUCACCAUCUUUUCAUUCACACCUUCGCGGCUGAUCUACCCCUACAGCAAGUGGCAGACGACAGAUGAAGGCCACAUCAACGCCCGAUCCGAACUGUCACACAUUGUAUCGGAGAAUCUCGGCAGAGCAAGGCGCUGCCUGUACCAUGCAGCGCAGGUCUUCCAGUACUUCCGCACCACCAGAGUCGCAACAUGCCUCGACAUUCUAUGCGUCUUGAUCUGUGCUCUUUACAUGGUGCUGUAUGUGGACAUUGUCGAGCAGCAAGAUCCUGAUUCCACCAGCAGUGAGGUCAGUGUGAGAAAGUCUGGCACGGAGAUCAUCCGAAUCAACCAUAUCGUCGACGGAGAACUUCUGAAAAAUUGGUUGGAGUGGCCGCAGCGGCCCUCGUUUGUACAAAGAAGCAUCACGGAUCAUGGCAAGCGGGGCUUCGGUCUCGAGGAUGGCUAG